AUGGCGGGCGGAAGGCAGUGCAGAAGGCAUAGUUGGUUUUCUCUCGUUUUUCAUCUAUUUUGCAAGGUUAGUAGCGAUUAUAGGUGGAUCAAACAGUAACAACUGUAGAAGGUAUCGUUUUAAGUAGUUUUAGAAAUGCUUGUGGUAACGGUUUACCUUAAAUUUGGUGAGAUCCUGACUCUGAGAAAACUGAGAAAUGCGGCAAGGAUUUUGUUGCGGGUUUUGCGAACAAUGAAAGCGUGUUUAGACAAAUUUUCCCAAAUACAAAUGAAGCAAAUUAUUUUGAAGGAUGCUGGUGGAUAAGAAGCAAAAGUCGAGGAAGAAAAUAGUACAGAGAAUCUUUGCGUGCAAUUCGCCGAGCCGGCCAUGUCUUCCACACAUGCUCUCUGAUACUCUUUAAACGCAAGGAAUUCCUUCCCGCUUAGCUUUUUGCCUUCAAAGCUUUGCUUAUUUUGAUGAAUUCUAUCAUUAAAUUCAUUUUUGCUUGUUUUUAACCCGCUAUUUCGAUGAAAAACUGAAAAAUAAAGUGUGUUAUGAAGGUAAACAGCAGACCAUGAGGUGUUGAAUUUCAUUAUGCAAAUUAGGUUUAACCUCAUUAGCAUAAUGUAACAGCGGCAGAAAAUAAACUUGUACAAAAUUCCUAGUCGCUCUACAUUUUCGAACGAUUUUCGGGUCUGUUUUGCAUAGAUAUCAUAUAUCACACAAAAUAGACAUCUUUCCUUGCAAGAUUACAUUCUUUGUGAAAUUUUUAAAAUGAUUAUGCAGAAAUAUGCCUUGUUUAUUUUUUUCCAAGCUUGCAAACGGGUAGAAUCCUCCAAAUCCUGCAGUAUGAUUGGUUCCAAGAACGGGAGUUAUUUUACGAUCUGGCCCGCUAACCCAGGUGGAAUCAUUGGCAGCUUCAUUCACAAGUUUGUUUGUUAUUUGUGAAUGACCAAAAACCGUCAUUUUCAAACCAUUUUUAUUUUAAAACUCGUGCUAUUAUUAGCAUUUACUGGGGAAAAGUGAAUUUUAUUAUUCGGACAAGAAGUCUGAAGGGAGAAUCAAACAAGUCCGCCACGAAAACCGCUAAAGUAAAGCAAAACAGGUGGCUCGUGAUGUUGCUUCACUAAGCUUUAUAACCGCGCUAUUAGUACUGCAAUCUUGCUUUUAUGCACCAUUUAUUGGACAUUUCUGCUCUGUUUGUAGUUUUGUCUUCCAUUUUUGCUGUUGGAAUCUUAAUUCUGCUUUUUUUUUUUAAAUUUUAUCUCACUAGUUUUCUACUUAUCGGAAGAGGUUGUUCAAUCUUACAUAAACAGCACGAAUCACUUUUCCAGCACUGAAUCGGUUAUCGCCGUUUUCAUUUCUUUCUUCAUAACUUGUUGCUCACAUCGCCCUCUUUUAUUCGAAUUCAAUUCAAAACCUUAAAAUUGGUAUGGGUAAUUAGCACUUUUCAUCCUGCUUGAUUGAACUAAUCUUAAAGCUAUUUUUUAAUUAUUCAGCCGAAGAAAAUGCUUGCAUUAUUUUUUUCUUGGGGCUUUGAAUAUCAAGCUCAUCAAUUCUUUUAUCCUUGUUUGGCUCUCAGAUUAUGAAUUGUCUAACAAGACACAGAAACUGUUUUUAUUCUAAAAGAGAGCAGCAAGUGCCAUAAUAUAAACUACCGAGCCAAAAAUCAUGUUGUAAUAUUUUGUUUUGGUUUGUAGUCAAUCACGCGCUUCAUCAACACAAAUGUGUCCUACUUCAACACACAUAGGUUGGAGAUUGAAGGAAAAUUUUCCUGAAACUUUUAAAUCUCAGUAGGAAAAAAAUAAAAAUGUUAUUCACUGGCCUAGGUCGGUCCAUAUUGGGAGAAACUGUGCCUUCGGUCUGAGUACCGCCCAAGGCCGUACUCAAGACCUUGGGCACAGUUUCUCUCAAUACUGACCUCCCAGCCGGUGAAUAACAUAUAUUUAUUUUUUUUGUGGAAUAUUGUGGGUUUCCUGAGGCGUUUUUAGAAAUUUCUUAUAAUUUAUAAGUUUAGUCUUAAGAAUUGUUCUCUUAGUUAAGAAUGCGAGUGGGAAAAUACUAUAUCUGCAUAUUUUGAUUUCUUAGUCUGGAAAUGUCACUGGAAAACUUUUUGAUUUUUCAGUUCCAUUGUAAUUUUAAGAUCACAGUCAUGACACGGUACCAGAAACGAUUUUUACUGUGAAGUUCUAGGGCUUGAUACUAAGUAAAAGUUAUAGUCUGAUAAUAAUGAAACACAUUUAAUUUUCCAGAAAAAUGUCUGUGCGUGGCAAAUUGAACAUGAAGCAUGCAUUGUAAUCCUCAGAGGCCACCUGAAUGCAAACCCGAAUCAAAAGCUUGCCUUAAUCAGCAGAACUGGUAGGUAACAUUGCAAGAUACUGCUACUAGAUAAUGUUAUCUUGAAAACCCAUUUUGCUGUUGAUGCCUUGAUACCGAGCAGAAUGCAUGAUACAAAAUAAUGUAAUACCAUUCUCUGUAUGAUAGACAGUGAAUUACACCAAUUUUUGUACUUAUGUAUAUGUUGUAGUUAAUAUUUUAUCUCAGGUAAUUUUUGUUUUCCUUUUCUUUUUGGGUAUGACAAUCUUUGCUAAUAAAGUUGAAACAAGAAGGAAAAAUAAAAAUUAGCUACUAGGAACCUUGCAAGAAGCAUAUCUAUUAUUCUGUACUUCCAGAAAAUAUCCAUACCCCCCAUGAAGGGCAUGUUUACUUUAGACCCCCCCUACCCCCCUGGAAUUUCCAUGAUACACUGUAACGGGUUCUUGUCAUAGGCCCCAGCCCCUGGAAUUUCUGUAAAUUUUCAACUUGGUUGGGUACCCUCUGGAAAGUCAGCGGAUAACUUCAAAAAAAUACUUGACCUUGAUGGGUUGACACUUGAGCCCAUGGUAUGGUCAGGUGAUACUGGUCAGCGGAAACCCUCUUUUGACAGCUGUCAAUUGAUCACAACAUUGAUUAGUGGUGUAACGAUUCAUAUUCCUAACAAUUCAAUUCAAUUUCGAUUAUUGCCUUUCGAUUUCGAUUAUUUAAAUUCCAUUAUGUAAUUGUUUCUUAAUUCUUGUAAUAUAACGUGUACUGUUAACAACAUGCAACCCUAAACCCUCAAUUUGAGAAUAGUAAGAGGGACAGGAGGAUUAACAGUCGCUUGGUUCGCCGCCAUGUUUGAGAACCUGACAAAGAGCGUGUCGCACAUGGUUUGCCUUAUUUGGAAAUUCUCAAGGAGUGGUUGAAGGACAGCAUUUUUACAGGCAACACAAAAUGGCGCACAAACUGCUAUCGUCUUUGCUCGUCAAUCAAAAGUGCACAUUUUAAAGAGUUCUGGAUUCUGAUUUUACAAUAUAAUAACUCACUGAGGGCACCCUGGAAAAGGUGAACCAAAAUUGAAACGUGGAAGCAAAGAAUCGUGAAUUGAACCAAACAGUCGUAGUCGCGAUUAAUCGAGAAUUCGAUUAAUCAUUACACCACUAACAUUGAUGUGCAAUUAGUUUUCUCUUGGGCUCCCAAACUAGCUAGAAAGUGUGAGAGUAAACAUUGGUUUCCCUGUGGUGAGGACGGAUGGUCCCUCGGUCGGUUGUGCCUAAAUCAUACCGUCCAAAAGGACAGCCGAGGAGUAUUAGAAACGAGUUUCCGAUUCGGGCCGACUUCGGAAAUUCUCGAAAACAACCAAUAUGGCGGCUCAAGCGUGGUGAAAACUGAGAGCCAAAGGAGCCGUUUUAUCGCCAGAGAAGCGUGAUUUACGGUAUUGUUGACGAAGUUUGCGUUUAUUGUGAGUUUUGAAGUCUUCUUGGUCCUGUAUAGUAAGCAAUCCUUUCAUAAAUGUCUUAUUAAUUUGUCUUGUCCCUUUGGCCGGUAUUACCGAAGAAAAUAGUACCGUAUAAAGGGACAUCCUAAAUUAUAGCAACAUUUGUUGGCAUGUACAUUACCUCUAGCUUUCAUUGUUAAACUGUGUUGUAGGACUGGAUUUCUGCAGGUUUCUACAAACUUAGGAUAACGCUAUGGGAACCUUUUUAUUCAUAAACGUGGCCUUGUCCUUUUGGCCGGUAUUACCAAAGAAAAUAGUACCGUCCAACGGACAUCCUGAGUUUUAGCAACAUUUGUUAGGAGGUAUAUCAUAUCUGGGUUUUUUAUUGUUAAACGGUGAUUCUUUAGGUUCCCAAAAGGUCAGGGUAACUAAAUAGAAGUGUUUUAUUUUUUAGUAAAAAAUGCCUUGUCCUUUUGGCCUGUAUUAUCUAAGGAAAUAGCACCGCCUAGCAGGACAUCCUAGACUAUGUCAGCAGUUGCUUGCAUGUAUUACUACAUGACAUGCAGCUUGUUAUUGUUACAUUGAAGUAUAUACCUUGCUCUCUGAAGGCUUUUUCCUACCAGCUGGGGUCAGCUGAACAGAGAUAGUUUUAUUCAUUCCUUGUUGUUGUAAUCACCUAAGAAUGUCCACCCAGGGGGACAAUCUAUAGGGAGUACUCAAAACUGACAGCUAGAGGUGCCGCCAGGGAAGCGUGACGGUAUACUUUGCGAUGUUUGAGAUUCUCAUGUUCUUUGAAAAAUUCCUGAUUGAUCAUAUCAGCAGUCGAUUAUGUAAAUUAUAUCCUUUCAUUCAUGUUAUACAGAUAGAUGUAUUAUUAUCAUAAAUAUUAUUGUUACUGUUGUUGUUAUUAUUAUUUAUUGUUGUUAUAGAAUAAUUGUUAUUUCCUGUCCUCAUUAUUUGCAUGUUGUUUGACUGGUCAGUAUCACUCACCAAAAAAAAGGUUGGUACAGUUGGCUGUACUCUAUGGCUGGCACUAUCAAAACAAAUCAAAAUUCUUUUUUUUUUUUUGUGACAACAACAUUAUUCUCACCCCACCCCCACCCCCUCCCCCCCACCUCUCCAUACUGAAAUUGUGGUUCAAUUUUAUCCUUGGUCUAAAUUUUAUUUUCUUUUGUUUCAAACUCCUUAUCAUACAUUACCAUACCCAAAGGCCUACCUACCUUGGCAGCAAUCAACCUUGGUUGUUGAUUCGGGAGACUCUCUAUUUUUAACUUCCCCUGGGCCCCUCUCCCCAACUGUCAACAGCCCCAAUAACCCCACUACCGGUCGGAUAAAUAAAUCAAGUAAACAAGAUCCUCGCGUUGCUUUGUGCUGCUCACUAGUGUUCAUUAAAAAAAUAUUGAAAAAAGAAUUGAAAAAAAUAUAUAUAUUAAAAACUUUGAAGAGGAAGCUAGGCUAAAUAGACAGUACAUUGUAACUGUCUACCAAUUUCAUAACAAGAAACCGUAAAAUUUCGAAAAUGAGCCCCUCCAUUUAUAAGCCCCUUAAAAUAUAAGCCCCUCAAACCGGUAACGCAAAAAAACCUCCGUUAAAUCGCCUCUCCAAAUAUAAGUCCCCUGGGGACUUGUACUUGGAAAAUUGCCUCAAAUAUAUAGUAAAACAAAGCUAAAAUGGUAGAUUUAUUCCCAGCUAUAAGGCUAACCCAAUCGAUUUUCAAACGCAAAUUUCCCUCCGUAGAUAAGCCCCUCCGAAUAUAAGCCCCUCCAAAAAUAAGCCCCAGAACUUAUUUUCGGAAUUUUACGGUAUGCUUUGUUCUUCGUUCAUGGACGAAAUUACAGAAACCCAUCAGUGACAAGUUCUGUUCAAUUUCUACAUUACAGAUGUACCACAGCUAUUAAACUCAGCUGAUUGUGGUGUCUUUGUCUGUAUGGUAGUUUUUGCUAUUUCAUCACCUUUGCCAUGAACAUUAUUUAAUGGAAAGUCAUUCAUUAUGCAAUUCCAUCAAAAUAAAUAUGAACUUUUAAGUAUUAUCCAUCAAAACAAAUUUCAUACAUCACUACUGUUACUGAUUAGUUUGCAGAGUACCUUACCAGCGGGAUAAUGCCCAACUAUAAGCUGGUAUUAAAACAGGGGCACCCAACGUCAAUUUUCGGAAAAUAUCUGUUCGGAAGACGAUUUGAGAUCUAGAAUUUUCGGAACUUUUGUUGUAAAAUUUCUUGCUUGCCUGCCUCUCCUAGGAUUUUCGAACAUCUAAAAAAUGGAAUAAUUGCCCAUUUUUAACGGAUUUUCACCCUAAAAAUGUCACCUAGAAUUUUCGGGAGCCUUUUUCCUGGCUGAAAUUUUCGAAAAUGUAAGUUUUGAUCCCUAUAAUUUUCAGAUCACUAGACUUUCAGCUAGGAAAUCCGAACAGAUGAAAAAAUUUUGGGGGGAUAAAAAUAUACGUUCAACAAUGCUAUGUUUAAGUGGUUUUGAACUAUAUUCGCGUUGGGUGCCCCUGUUAAAAGUUCAGACGCUAGACAAUUUUCAAAAAUAAAAAACCACUCCUGUUUGGUUAUCCUUGGAUUUCAAAUGUUUAACCAGAAAAACGGUUUUACACUUUUCCAUCUGAUUACAACAACAAGGAAUGAAUUCAACUAUCUCUGUUCAGCUAUCCCCAGCUGGUAGGAAAAAGCCUUCAGAGGGCAAGGUAUGUAUUACAAUGUAACAAUAACAAGCUGCAUGUCAUGUAGUAAUACAUGCAAGCAACCGCUGACAUAGUUUAGGAUGUCCUGCUAGGCGGUGCUAUUUCCUUAGAUAAUACAGGCCAAAAGGACAAGGCAUUUUUUACGAAAAAAAAAAACACUCCUGUUUAGUUACCCUGGCCUUUUGGAAACCUAAAGAAUGACCGUUUAGCAAUAAAAAACCCAGAUAUGAUAUGCCUCCUAACAAAUGUUGCUAAAACUCAGGAUGUCUCAGUGGACGGUACCAUUUUCUCCGGUAAUACCGGCCAAAAGAACAGGGUCACUUUUAUAAAUAAAAAUAUUCCUAUACAGUUAUCCUAAGCUUUUUCGAUCAAAUCUCCAAGCAAGCGUGAGUGGAUGCCGCUGUAAGCGCGUUCUUGUCUUUUAUCAAAUCAUGGCAUGACGGUAAGGUCUCUAAAUAAAGGCCCUGAGCGGGUGUCUCAUUUUUUGUCUAGGAUUACUCUGGCGCAUCGUUUCUGUAAAUUGAUUAUGUCUUGGACGGGCGGCUUCGGUUUGCUUCAUGUCUCCAAGUAACCCCCGUAGUCAAUUAUUAGCUGGAUAAGAGAGUUGUAAAACAAACUUCUCAGCUUUCAGUCACAGAAAUUUAUCUGUUCUUUUCAAGAGGCCAAGUGGCUUUCCUAUAUUCGAUACCGUUAUUUAAAAACAGUUGUCUUUCUUUAAGCCAGGUAGUAUCGGCUACAGAAUCAAGCUGAACCUCAACUGUUCUCACAUUAAGAUUUCUGCCCUUCAAGCUGUUAGCCCCAAACUUAUGCUGUAGACAAUCGCUUGCAGGGACGAGAAUCAUCAGCAAACGCAAACGCAAACACAACUUACAUAUGAGCUUCUGGGAACGAAAACUCGAACUUACCCUAUGGCUAUGUGGAAGACGAGCUCAGAGCACUAGUCUAAUCACCAAUUAACCGACUGCUGCUUCAGCCACGAACACGGAGAUACACUUUAGAAAAUAGAAGUAGUUGAUUAUGUAACUGAAAAGGAAGCAGCGUACUUACCACGGAAACUGCGAGGUACUGUUCUCUGUGACGCAACCAGCAGUCAAAUAAAUGUUAUGCUGCUUGUUAGCUCUAAUCAAUGUCAAUUUCCUGUACGAGUCAUAGAACCGUGAAAUCUCGACAUUUUGACACUUUUACCAAUAGUGAGGUAAUGAACCGUUCACCCGCUAGAUCAUUCGUUGUGUUGACAUUUGCUUGAAAGAACUAUCUUUGAUCCUAGCGCACUUGCAAAAUGUAUUAAAGAUAAGAAGGCAGUCUUUGCCAAAUCAUUGAUAUCGUAUCAGAGGAUUAUAGUUUUUGUUUGAUAUUAGUCAAAAGUAAAUCAACUGCGGUAAAGAUACAGUCCAGUUCAGAACAUCAGGUUAAAUUUUCAAAGCUAUUCCCGGCGUUGUUUAGCAUUGGUCACCCAGUGAAGGCCCUUACAUAAUGGAGACCGCAAGAAAAGGAUGGGCGGUUUUGAGUAUUUUUAGAGUCGGGGGUAUUCAUUUUUAGUGUCUAUUAAAAGCCAUCUGUGCAUGAUUUUAAAAAAAGCCAUCGUUUAUGAUUUUUCCAAAAAACUGUUAUCAUUAAAUAGUUUGGAAAUGAAUAAACUGACGAUGAUUGGCGAGAUUUAGCAUUUUAGGCCAGACGUCACAUUCCAAUGUUCAGUUUAGAAAAAGACACGUCACUCAUGUUCACUGAACUGGGAAUGGACCCGAAUGACGCCGGUGUUUUGUAGGAAUAAACUUCCUUCGAGGAAACAAUCAUACCGCUGGACCGAAAAGUCCCAGGUACAUAUUUACUGAACGACUUGCCGUUUCAUUGACUUAUUCUAGUGUUGGCUUUAAACUAGGGGUUUUUCUUACUUAUAAUUCCGAAUAGAUUGGCAUCUCUGCUGUAGCAGUCACCUGAGUUUGACUUCUGGGAGCCAGUUGCAUAAAUCUCAAACGCGAGACACCAGCUAAUCCGUAUUUCAAACUGAAGUACAAAUUAUUAGCUACAAAUGCUCUACUUUUUUCACCACUCUUAUAUAAUUCUAUCUCGUCCCAAAUGCGCAUACUUCGUCAGUUUUCAAAGAACUGACAAAAGUAAAUAGAAAUAAUUUCUAUUCUGUUGAAAAACGACUCUUCUUACCUUUAAUACGCCGAUGGAAUGCAGACGAAAGCGGGUUUAAAGCGAUCAAAGAAGGACCAAAUUCCCUCCAACUAUUAGAAAAUAUAGCGGGAAGCGGCCAGAGAAGUCAGAGAAAGCGUUUCGUCGUGCGGAGAAGAUCUGGAAAAGGUACUUGGUCCUGGAUUACUGAAUUGGGGAUUAAAAUGAGGGAUUCGUUCGAGAAGCAAUAUCGUAUGAUUUGCUGAUGGUGGCGGAUGACCGUCGAGUCAGAAACUCGGGAAUUCACGUAGUUGUUGAUUAUGUAAGCUUAAAUGAUUUUUAUUGAGGGUCGCUGACUGGAUUCAGCUCUACGUUGAUGCUCUUCAGUCCUUCUCAAUUUUCUAAACUUCAGCCGAAGCGGGGUAAGUCUAUUUUUAUUUUAGCACAAAAACGUACCCGUGUUAAGAUCGACACCGAUCAUUCGAUCUUUUUAAAAAUUCUCAAUAACUGCUAAUUGUGUGAAAGUGUAAUGUUCAUGGAGAAUGUUGAUGGAGAUCACUAUUUCUUAAGCCUGAUCGCACUGAAACAGCUCAGUUCAGUCACAGUUCAGCUUUUAAGUGUGGAUCGUAGUGGAUAUUUUUACACUGAUUAAAUCUGUGAAGUUAAUUGUUUUAAGGGUAUGAGGAGUGUAACCACAUGAAUCAGAUGUUUUUAGUAAACAGAGAAACUGCACUUUUAAUUUGAACCUUGGUCAAACUCAGGUGGUUGUGAGUUUUAGGUUUGACGGUUAGACUAUCUUGUUUGUGUUUUUGCGGUGACUCGAAUCUCGAUUUGAAAUGCCUGUAUUUGAAUUUUUUUAAAGUUUAAUGAUGAGAAUUUGUGCUUUAAUUGAACUCGAGUUUUUUUCUUAUGUCAUGCAUGAUUUAAAGGUACUUGAAGUUAUUCAUAACUUGUGAUCAAUAAUAGAUGGUAUAAUUGUUAAGAACUUCCUUGAAUGCAUGUUAGUGUUGUUGAGAGAAGAUGUUGAUGACCAGCCUUUAAUUUUACAAACAAAACUAAUCCUAAAGGAAACAUUGAUGAUAGUGCAUGUCCAGCAUUAAAGGGACUGUGUCACGAUAGUGCGCAUGCGUGAGCUGUGACAGUAGCUGAUUGUCUUUGAACCAAUCGGAAGCGAGUAACAUGCACGCGAGGAAAUUUACAUAAUUCAAGAUUCAUUGUUCGCGAAGCGCGAGUCUUCCGGACGUUUUUGUUCGAUUUUAUAUAUCCCCAUAAUUCAUAUUUAUUCUCUGGUAUUCCUCAGAUAAAUGUUGCAGCUGAUAAGAAUAAGAUUAUGUACCCACGCUAGAAAACCAGUCUCCGAUCCGCAAUUAAAAAUAAUUUGAAAACAAACCUUUUUCUUCACCAAAACGCCAAUCUUGAAAAACUGUCCACCAGAACAGAAAUGAAGUUGGCACAUGUGCAGAAGCGUGUCACAGUCCCUUUAA